AUGGACCCUGCAGGCCCGGGAGCGGGGGUCGGGCGCUUGGGUUCCGCCUGCCUUUUCCUGGGAGCGCAAUGCUUCCAGCCCCAGCCUUUCCAGCGGGGUCCUCAGACCAGGCCCCCGCACUCUCCAGCUCGCCAGACGGAGCCCGCUUCCCCUUUGCUCCCAGCCCUCCUGCCCCCCGGCGCUGCGGGGGUGAUGGGGCGGAAUGGGGCAGCAGAGCGGGGCUUCCAGCGCCUGCGCCCAGAAGGCUACUCCGCCGGCUCGCGCAGCGGCCGCUUCCCCCCCUCCCUGCCCAGGGUUGCUGUGGCGACGCGUGCAGGUGUUGCCUACACCAUGUCCAGCAAAGCUGAGAAGAAGCGGCGAGUGAGCAGCCGGCAAGGCACCCGGGGAAACCGGGCAGGGCGAGCCGCUCAGGCUGCUCAGGCUGUGCUGGCUGCACAGGCCACCGGAGAGAGCACCCUGCCCAGUGAGCAGGAGCAGGAGCAGGAGCAGGAGCAGGAGCAGGAGCAGGAGCAGGAGCAGGAGGCGGAACUGGAGCCUCUCAAGGAGGAGCUUGAGACAGUAUCUGAGGAACCUGAAGAACCGAAACAAGAAUUAGAGGCUGCUGAGGGGGAUGUGGCAGGAGAUGCCAACAUAGUCAGCAACAAUGAGUUUGAGUUUAGUUUUUGGAAGCCCCUUUUCAUCUCUCGAACUGCACUGACGGGACUGGCGGGUGCCACAUGGACAGAGGAGCAUGAUGCCAUUCUGGAACGCUUUGCCCAGGACCCUUCAGAGCCCAUCCUCACCAUCUAUAUCGACCCCUGUUUUGGGCUGAAGUUAGAUAUGGGCAUGCCUGUGCAGACCCAGAACCAGAUUGUCUACUUCAUCCGCCAUGCACCAGUUCCCAUCACUCCAGAGAAUUUUCAGACAACCGUACAGUUUGGGACAGUGCGGGGUGCCUACAUCCCAGCCCUGCUCCGGCUGCUCAGUGGGGUCUUCGCCCCUCAGAUCUUUACAAACACCACCUGGCCUGAGAGCAUUCGAAACCAUUUUGCUUCUCAUCUGCACCGGUUCUUGGCCAGUCUGACAGAUACUAGGUAUAAACUGGAGGGGCACACUGUUCUUUACAUCCCUGCGGAGGCCAUGAACAUGAAGCCCGAGGUGGUGGUGAAGGACAAGGAGUUGGUGCAGCGACUGGAGACCUCCAUGAUCCACUGGACCCGGCAGAUAAAGGAGGUGCUCAGCGCCCAGGAGACAGUGGAGACAGGAGAAAGUUUAGGCCCUCUGGAGGAGAUUGAGUUCUGGCGCAAUCGAUGUAUGGACCUGUCUGGCAUCAGUAAACAGCUGGUGAAGCAAGGAGUGAAACAUAUUGAGAACAUUCUGCACCUUGCCAAGUCAUCCUACUUGGCGCCCUUUAUGAAGCUGGCCCAGCAAAUCCAGGAUGGCUAUUGUCAAGCACAGUCAAACCUGACCUUUUUGUCAAUCCUAAAGGAACCUUAUCAGGAAUUGGCUUUCAUGCGGCCUAAGGACAUCUCUAGUAAGCUCCCUAAGUUGAUCAGUCUCAUCCGGGUCAUCUGGGUCAACUCUCCCCACUACAACACUCGGGAGAGACUGACCUCCCUCUUCCGCAAGGUAUGUGACUGUCAGUACCACUUUGCCCGCUGGGAAGAUGGCAAGCAAGGUCCCCUUCCUUGCUUCUUUGGCGCUCAGGGGCCACAGAUAACGCGGAACUUACUGGAGAUCGAGGACAUCUUUCAUAAAAAUCUGCACAUGCUGCGAGCUGUUCGAGGGGGCAUCCUGGAUGUCAAGAACACGUCUUGGCAUGAAGACUACAAUAGGUUUCGCGCUGGAGUCAAGGACCUGGAGGUGAUGACUCAGAAUUUGAUCACCUCAGCCUUCGAAUUAGUCCGAGAUGUUGAGCAUGGAGUGCUUCUGCUGGACACUUUCCACAGGCUUGCAACCCGUGAGGCUAUAAAGCGAACAUAUGACAAGAAAGCGGUGGACCUCUACAUGUUGUUCAACAGCGAACUGGCCCUCGUGAACCGUGAGUUAAACAAGAAAUGGCCAUACCUGGAGCCCUACAUGGCCAAGUAUUCCGGACACGCUUACUGGGUUCGGAUCCUUCGGCGUCGCCUCGAUAGAGUCAUGAAUUGCCUUUCUAAUGCUCACUUCCUGCCCCAUAUUGGCACUGGAGAGGAGACUGUGCACACCUAUCAGCAGAUGGUUCAGGCCAUUGAUGAGAUGGUUCGAAAAACCUUCCAAGAGUGGACAUUGACCCUGGACAAGGACUGCAUCCGGCGGCUGGAUACUCCGUUGUUACGUAUCAGCCAGGAGAAGGCGGGCAUGCUGGAUGUCAACUUUGACAAGUUCCUGCUGAUUCUUUUCGUGGAGAUUGACUACUGGGAGCGGCUGCUGUUUGAGACACCCCAUUAUGUGGUGAACGUGGCUGAACGGGCAGAAGACCUGCGCAUUCUUCGUGAAAACUUGCUACUUGUUGCCCGAGACUACAAUAGGAUUAUAGCCAUGCUGUCCCCAGAUGAGCAGGCCCUAUUCAAAGAGCGAAUCCGGUUCCUGGAUAAGAAGAUACACCCUGGACUUAAGAAACUGCAUUGGGCCUUGAAAGGGGCCAGUGCCUUCUUCAUUACAGAGUGUCGCAUCCAUGCCAGCAAGGUGCAGAUGAUUGUGAAUGAGUUCAAGGCCUCCACCCUUACCAUUGGCUGGCGAGCACAAGAGAUGUCAGAGACACUGUUGGUACGCAUUAGUGGCAAGCGAGUAUACCGGGACUUGGAAUUUGAGGAGGAUCAAAAGGAGCAUCGGACAGCUGUGCAGCAGAAAUUGAUGAGUCUGCACCAGGAUGUGAUUGACAUCAUGACCAACUCCUAUGAGGUCUUCAAGAACGAUGGUUCUGAGAUUCAGCAGCAGUGGAUGCUGUACACAAUUCGGUUGGAUCACAUGAUGGAGGAUGCCCUGCGCCUGAAUGUGAAGUGGUCAUUGCUGGAACUGUCCAAGGCCAUCAAUGGAGAUGGGAAGACCACUCCAAACCCACUCUUCAGAGUCCUUGUCAUUUUGCAAAAUGACAUGCGGGGGUGUGUGGCACAGGUGGAAUUCUCACCCACCCUACAGACUUUGGCAGGUGUAGUCAAUGACAUUGGCAGCCACCUUAUCUCCACCAUCUCUGUCUUCCGCCACCUCCCUGAAAUUCUCAUCAAGCGCAAGUAUCAUCGUGAACCCAUCCAUGUACUUGUGGAGCGAGAUGAGGACAUCAAGAAGAUCCAGGCCCAGAUCAGCAGUGGUAUGACAGCCAAUGCAAGCCAGCUGCAGAACUAUCUCAAGACCUGGGAUAUGUAUCGCGAAAUCUGGGAGAUCAACAAGGACUCUUUUAUUCGUCGCUACCAGCGCCUCAACCCUCCUGUCUCUUCCUUUGAUGCCGACAUUGCCCGCUACACAGAGGUUGCCAAUAACGUGCAGAAGGAGGAGACCGUCCUCAACAUCCAGUUUGUGCUGCUGGACUGUUCGCACCUCAAGUUCUCGCUGGUGCAGCACUGCAAUGAGUGGCAGAACAAGUUCACGACGCUGCUUAAGGAAAUGGCGGCCAGGCGCCUGCUGGAGCUGCACACCUACCUGAAGGAGAAUGCAGAGAAAAUUAGCCGCCCACCUCAGACGUUGGAGGAACUGGGGGUCAGUUUGCAACUCAUGGACACCCUACAGCAUGACCUGCCCAACCUGGAGAACCAGAUCCCCCCCAUUCAUGAACAAUUCACCAUCCUUGAAAAGUACGAGGUGUCGGUUCAAGACAGUGUAUUGGAGAUGCUUGACAGUCUAAAUGGGGAAUGGGUCGUUUUCCAACAAGUUCUGUUGGAGAGUGAACAAAUGCUGAAGAAACACAAGGAGAAAUUCAAGACAGGUCUUAUUCACUCAGCCGACGAUUUCAAGAAGAAAGCACAUAAUCUUCUAGAAGAUUUUGAAUCCAAAGGUCCUUUCACCAGCAACGUGGGGCAUGUGUCCGCCCUAGAUCAGAUCGCACAAGUGAGGGCGAUGCUAACAGCCAUGCGGGAUGAAGAAAACUCUCUCCGCGCCAACCUGGGCAUCUUCAAGAUUGAGCAGCCAGCCUCCAAGGACCUCCAGAACCUGGAGAAGGAGCUUGAUGCUCUCCAGCAAGUCUGGGAGAUCACACGGGACUGGGAGGAGAACUGGAACCAGUGGAAGACUGGCCGGUUCCUGACCCUACAGACGGAGGCCAUGGAGACCAUGGCCCAUGGGUUGUUCCGUCGCCUCACAAGACUAGCCAAAGAGUAUAAGGACCGAAACUGGGAAAUUAUUGAAACCACUCGAUCGAAAAUCGAGCAGUUCAAGAGGACCAUGCCUCUCAUUGCAGACCUGCGGAAUCCAGCCCUUAGGGACAGGCACUGGGAUCAGGUCAGGGAUGAGAUCCAACGAGAGUUUGACCAGGAAUCUGAAAGCUUCACCUUGGAGCAGAUCGUGGCACUCGGGAUGGAUCAGCAUGUAGAGAAAAUCGGGGAGAUCUCUGCCUCAGCAACCAAAGAGUUGGCUAUAGAAUUGGCAUUACAGAACAUUGCCAAGACCUGGGAUGUGAUCCAGCUAGACAUAGUACCCUACAAGGACAAGGGCCAUCACCGACUCAGAGGUACAGAAGAAGUAUUCCAGGCACUGGAGGAUAACCAGGUGUCUCUGUCUACCAUGAAGGCAUCUCGUUUUGUCAAGGCUUUUGAGAAAGACGUGGAUAACUGGGAACGCUGCCUCUCCCUCAUUUUGGAAGUUAUUGAGAUGGUGCUCGUAGUGCAGCGUCAGUGGAUGUACCUGGAGAAUAUCUUCAUGGGAGAGGAUAUCCGAAAGCAGCUGCCCAAUGAAUCAGCCUUAUUUGACGAGAUGAAUGCCACCUGGAAAUCCAUCAUGGACCGGAUGAGCAAGGACAACAAUGCUCUCCGGAGCACCCAUCAUCCAGGCCUCUUGGAAAAAUUGAUAGAAAUGAACACAAUCUUGGAAGAUAUUCAGAAGUCUCUGGACAUGUAUUUAGAGACCAAGCGCCAUAUUUUCCCCCGCUUCUACUUCUUGUCCAAUGAUGACCUCCUGGAGAUUCUGGGCCAGUCUCGCAACCCAGAGGCUGUGCAGCCACACCUCAAAAAAUGCUUUGACAACAUCAAAUCACUGAAGAUCCAGAAGGUUGGGGUGCCCAGCAGCAAAUGGGAAGCUGUGGGAAUGUUCUCGGGUGACGGCGAGUAUAUUGAUUUCCUCCACCCAGUAAUUUUGGAAGGGCCUGUGGAGUCCUGGCUUGGUGAAGUGGAACGGACCAUGAGGGUGACCCUGCGGGACCUUCUCAGGAACUGCCGCCUGGCCCUUAAGAAGUUCCUUAACAAAAGGGACAAAUGGGUGAAGGAAUGGGCAGGACAGGUGGUGAUCACGGCCAGUCAGAUUCAGUGGACAGCUGAUGUCACCAAGUGCCUGCAGACGGCUAAAGAGCGGGGAGACAAGAAAAUCCUCAAGGUCAUGAAGAAGAAGCAGGUGUCAGUACUGAAUAAGUAUUCAGAAGCCAUUAGGGGGAACUUGACCAAGAUCAUUCGGCUUAAAAUUGUAGCUCUGGUGACAAUAGAAAUUCAUGCCCGGGAUGUGUUGGAGAAGCUUUAUAAGAGCGGCCUCAUGGAUGUCAGUUCCUUUGACUGGAUCAGCCAACUUCGGUUCUACUGGGAGAAGGAUCUUGAUGAUUGUGUGAUCCGCCAGACCAACACACAAUUCCAGUACGGUUAUGAAUACUUGGGUAACUCUGGCCGGCUUGUCAUCACCCCCCUUACAGACAGGUGUGCUUUGUGGGAUGGACCAGGUGGUUGGGGUAGGGGAGCGAAUGCUGAGAGAAGGCUUCCAGGAAUGACUCAAGUCCUGUCCUCAAUUCCCAGGUGCUACAUGACACUGACCACAGCAUUACACCUGCACCGAGGGGGCUCCCCCAAAGGCCCAGCAGGCACAGGAAAGACUGAGACCGUCAAAGACCUGGGCAAGGCCCUCGGCACAUAUGUCAUUGUGGUUAACUGCUCAGAGGGCCUGGACUAUAAGUCCAUGGGCCGAAUGUACUCAGGUCUGGCCCAGACUGGAGCCUGGGGCUGCUUUGACGAGUUUAACCGCAUCAACAUCGAGGUGUUGUCGGUGGUGGCCCAGCAGAUCCUGUCUAUCCUCUCGGCCUUGGCUGCCGGGCUCACUCGUUUCUAUUUUGAGGGUUUUGAAAUAAAUCUGGUGUGGUCCUGUGGGAUCUUCAUUACCAUGAAUCCUGGCUAUGCUGGUCGCACAGAGCUUCCUGAUAAUCUUAAAUCCAUGUUCCGUCCAAUUGCCAUGGUGGUGCCGGAUUCUACCCUUAUUGCAGAAAUAAUUCUCUUUGGGGAGGGCUUUGGCAACUGCAAGAUUCUGGCCAAGAAGGUGUACACGCUUUACUCACUGGCUGUGCAGCAGCUCUCCAGACAGGACCAUUAUGACUUUGGCCUACGUGCCCUCACUUCCCUCCUGCGCUACGCUGGCAAGAAGCGCCGCCUACAGCCGGAUCUGACUGAUGAAGAGGUUCUGCUGCUCUCAAUGAGAGAUAUGAAUAUUGCCAAGCUAACUUCAGUUGAUGUGCCACUGUUCAAUGCCAUCGUACAAGAUCUGUUCCCCAGCAUUGAGCUGCCUGUCAUUGACUAUGGAAAGCUACGGGAGGUCAUUGAGCAGGAGGUUAGAGAUAUGGGCCUGCAGCCCACACCAUUCACCCUCACCAAGGUUAUCCAGCUGUAUGAAACCAAGAACUCCCGCCACUCCACGAUGAUUGUGGGCUGCACGGGCAGUGGCAAGACUGCCUCUUGGCAAAUUCUGCAGCUGUCCUUGACUUCCCUCAGCCGCGCUGGAGACCCCAACUUCAACAUUGUUAAAGAGUUCCCAUUGAACCCCAAGGCCUUGUCCCUGGGGGAGCUCUAUGGGGAAUAUGACCUCAACACUAAUGAAUGGACAGAUGGUGUCUUGUCCAGUGUCAUGCGGACAGCAUGUGCAGGUACCCAAAGGACCAUUGGGUAUGGAGGGCAGAUGCCUGAAUCUUCUGAGGGGGUGGGAAGCUUGGGGAUGAGAGGCUCAAAUUUGGGUGAGGAAAGCUUGGGGAAUGCUGGGCAUGAGCAGCCAUGUGCUGGCAUCUUGAGGAGCCCCAGUGUGGAGGGAGGGCUAGGUGAUGAGGCUCUUGGGUUUGUAUCGUCCAUAUUCUGCUUAGAUGAGAAACCUGAUGAGAAGUGGAUUGUUUUUGAUGGCCCUGUGGACACACUGUGGAUUGAGAGCAUGAACUCAGUCAUGGAUGAUAACAAAGUGCUGACCCUCAUCAAUGGAGAGCGCAUUGCAAUGCCUGAGCAGGUUUCUCUCCUGUUUGAAGUGGAGAACUUGGCAGUGGCUUCUCCGGCCACUGUAUCGCGCUGCGGGAUGGUCUAUACUGACUAUGUUGACCUGGGCUGGAAGCCCUACGUUCAGUCGUGGCUGGAGAAGAGGCCAAAGGCUGAGGUGGAGCCCCUUCAGCGCAUGUUUGAGAAGUUCAUCAACAAGAUGCAGGCCUUUAAGAAGGACAAUUGCAAUGAGCUGGUGCCAGUUCCUGAAUACAGUGGCAUCAUCUCCCUCUGCAAGCUGUACUCGGCCCUGGCCACACCAGAGAAUGGGGUAAACCCAGCUGAUGGUGAAAACUAUGCCUCCAUGGUCGAGAUGACAUUUGUGUUCAGCAUGAUCUGGUCUGUGUGUGCCUCUGUGGAUGAGGAGGGCCGCAAGAAGAUUGACAGUUACCUCCGAGAGAUUGAGGGCUCCUUUCCCAAUAAGGACACUGUGUAUGAGUAUUUUGUGGACCCCAAGAUGCGGAGUUGGACAUCAUUUGAGGAAAAGCUCCCUAAAAGUUGGCGCUACCCUCCAAACGCCCCCUUCUAUAAGAUUAUGGUGCCGACCAUUGACACUGUUCGAUACAACUACCUGGUGAGCGCUUUGGUGUCCAGCCAGAAUCCCAUCCUGCUCGUUGGUCCUGUGGGAACUGGGAAGACAUCCAUUGCCCAGAGUGUUCUGCAGUCCUUGCCCUCUAGCCAGUGGUCAGUGCUUAUUGUCAACAUGUCUGCUCAGACUACAUCCAAUAACGUGCAGGGCAUCAUCGAGAGCAGGGUGGAGAAGCGAACCAAGGGUGUCUAUGUGCCAUUUGGGGGCAAAAGCAUGAUCACCUUCAUGGAUGACCUGAAUAUGCCAGCUAAGGACUUGUUUGGGUCCCAGCCACCCCUGGAGCUGAUUCGCCUCUGGAUUGACUAUGGCUUUUGGUACGAUCGUUCGAAACAGACCAUCAAGCACAUUCGAGACAUGUUCCUGAUGGCUGCCAUGGGCCCUCCAGGUGGUGGACGGACUAUCAUCUCCCCAAGGCUACAGAGUCGUUUCAACAUCAUCAACAUGACCUUCCCCACAGAAUCCCAGAUCAUCCGAAUAUUUGGCACCAUGAUCAAUCAGAAGCUUCAGGACUUUGAGGAAGAAGUGAAGCCCAUUGGGAAUGUGGUGACUGAAGCCACCUUAGAUGUGUACAACACUGUGGUACAACGCUUCCUGCCCACGCCCGCCAAGAUCCAUUACCUCUUCAACCUUCGAGACAUCUCCAAGGUGUUCCAGGGCAUGCUGAGAGCCAACAAGGACUUCCAUGACACCAAGUCCAGCAUUACGCGCCUGUGGAUCCAUGAGUGCUUCCGAGUCUUCUCUGACCGGCUGGUUGAUGCAACAGACAUGGAAGCUUUCCUAGGCAUCAUAAGUGACAAGCUUGGCUCCUUCUUUGACCUCACAUUUCAUAAUCUCUGUCCCAACAAACGUUCUCCCAUCUUUGGGGACUUCCUGAAGGAGCCCAAGGUAUAUGAAGACCUGACUGACCUGUCAGUACUGAAAACAGCCAUGGAGACGGCCCUCAAUGAGUACAACCUGUCACCCACUGUUGUGCCAAUGCAGCUGGUGCUCUUCAGAGAGGCUAUUGAACACAUCACUCGGAUAGUGCGAGUAAUCGGACAGCCUCGGGGCAACAUGCUCUUAGUGGGCAUUGGGGGUAGUGGGCGCCAGAGUCUGGCCCGCCUGGCUUCGUCUAUCUGCGAGUACAUCACCUUCCAGAUCGAGGUCACCAAACAUUACCGGAAGCAGGAGUUCAGAGAUGAUAUCAAGCGUCUGUACCGCCAGGCUGGGGUAGAUCUCAAGGCCACAUCCUUCCUCUUUGUGGACACCCAAAUUGCUGAUGAGUCAUUCCUAGAGGACAUCAACAAUAUCCUCAGCUCAGGAGAGGUCCCCAAUCUGUAUAAGAGCGAUGAAUUUGAGGAGAUCCAGACACACAUCAUAGAGCAGGCCCGGGCAGAGCAGGUGCCGGAGACAUCCGACAGCCUCUUCACCUACCUCAUCGAGCGCGUGCGGAACAACCUGCACAUCGUGCUCUGCCUCAGCCCCGUGGGGGACCCCUUCAGGAACUGGAUCCGCCAGUACCCAGCCUUGGUGAACUGCACUACCAUCAACUGGUUCACAGAGUGGCCCCAUGAGGCCCUGCUAGAGGUGGCUGAGAAGUACCUCAUUGGCGUAGACCUGGGAACUCAGGAAAAUAUCCACAGGAAGGUAGCCCGGAUCUUUGUCACCAUGCACUGGUCAGUGGCUCAGUAUUCCCAGAAGAUGUUGUUGGAGCUGCGAAGAUACAACUACGUCACACCCACCAACUACCUGGAGCUUGUGUCUGGUUAUAAGAAGUUGCUGGGAGAGAAGCGGCAGGAGCUGCUGGACCAAAUCAAUAAGCUGCGGACAGGAUUGUUUAAGAUCGAUGAAACCAGAGAAAAGGUGGAGGUGAUGUCGCUGGAGCUGGAGGAUGCCAAGAAGAAGGUGGCCGAGUUCCAGAAACAAUGUGAGGAAUAUCUGGUCAUCAUCGUGCAACAGAAGCGGGAGGCAGACGAGCAGCAGAAGGCAGUGACAGCCAACAGUGAGAAGAUUGCAGUUGAGGAAAUCAAGUGUCAGGCCCUGGCUGACAAUGCCCAGAAGGACCUAGAAGAAGCCCUGCCAGCUCUGGAAGAGGCCAUGAGGGCCCUGGAGUCUCUGAACAAGAAGGACAUAGGUGAGAUCAAGUCCUACGGACGGCCACCUGCCCAGGUGGAGAUAGUGAUGCAGGCAGUCAUGAUUCUCCGAGGCAAUGAGCCCACGUGGGCAGAGGCCAAGAGGCAGCUAGGGGAACAGAACUUCAUUAAGUCCCUCAUCAACUUUGAUAAAGACAACAUCUCAGACAAGGUGCUGAAGAAGAUUGGGGCCUACUGUGCCCAGCCCGACUUCCAGCCUGAUAUCAUUGGCCGUGUCUCCCUGGCUGCCAAGUCCCUCUGCAUGUGGGUGCGGGCCAUGGAGCUGUAUGGGCGGCUGUAUCGGGUGGUGGAGCCCAAGCGGGCCCGAAUGAACGCUGCCUUGGCCCAGCUUCAGGAGAAGCAGGCCGCACUAGCUGAAGCCCAAGAGAAGCUUCGAGAGGUGGCUGAGAAACUGGAGAUGCUGAAGAAACAGUACGAUGAGAAGCUGGCACAGAAGGAGGAACUUCGAAAGAAGUCUGAGGAGAUGGAGCUGAAGCUGGAGCGAGCCGGGAUGUUGGUAUCCGGGUUAGCUGGUGAGAAGGCCCGGUGGGAAGAGACAGUGAAGGGCUUGGAGGAAGACCUGGGCUACCUGGUAGGUGACUGUCUCCUGGCUGCUGCCUUCCUGUCCUACAUGGGACCCUUCCUGACCAAUUACCGGGAUGAGAUUGUCAACCAAAUCUGGAUCAAGAAGAUCUCGGAGCUACAAGUUCCUUGCUCACCUCGCUUCACCUUCGAUAACUUCCUGUCCAACCCUACCAAAGUCCGAGACUGGAACAUCCAGGGGUUGCCCUCGGAUGCCUUCUCCACUGAGAAUGGCAUCAUAGUCACCCGUGGCAACAGGUGGGCACUGAUGAUUGACCCUCAGGCUCAGGCCCUGAAGUGGAUUAAGAACAUGGAAGGAAGCCAGGGCCUCAGGAUCAUCGACCUGCAGAUGACUGAUUACCUUCGAAUCCUAGAAAACGCCAUCCAAUUUGGAUACCCAGUGCUGCUACAGAACGUGCAGGAAUAUCUGGACCCCACACUCAACCCUGUGCUCAACAAAUCUGUAGCUCGAAUUGGUGGUCGGCUGCUGAUGCGUAUUGGAGAUAAAGAGGUGGAAUACAAUCCCAAUUUUCGUUUCUACAUCACCACCAAGCUCUCCAACCCCCACUAUAGCCCAGAGACCUCAGCCAAGACCACCAUUGUCAACUUUGCUGUUAAAGAGCAGGGCCUGGAGGCUCAACUAUUGGGCAUUGUGGUCCGGAAGGAGAGGCCUGAGCUGGAGGAGCAGAAGGACUCACUAGUCAUCAACAUCGCUGCUGGCAAGAGGAAGCUCAAGGAGCUGGAGGAUGAGAUCCUUCGGCUGCUGAAUGAGGCCACAGGCUCCCUGCUGGACGAUGUGCAGCUGGUGAACACCCUGCGGACCUCCAAGAUAACUGCCACUGAGGUGACGGAGCAGCUGGAGACCAGUGAAACCACAGAGAUCAACAUAGACUUGGCCCGUGAGGCUUACCGCCCGUGUGCCCAGAGAGCGUCGGUACUGUUCUUCGUGCUCAAUGACAUGGGCCGCAUCGACCCCAUGUACCAAUUCUCGCUGGAUGCCUACAUCAGCCUCUUUAUCCUUAGCAUUGACAAGAGCCACCGCAGCAAUAAGCUGGAGGACCGCAUUGACUACUUGAAUGAGUACCACACCUACGCUGUCUACAGGUACACCUGCCGCACCCUUUUUGAGCGCCACAAGCUGUUAUUCAGUUUUCAGAUGUGCGCCAAAAUCCUGGAGACUUCUGGCAAGCUCAACAUGGAUGAAUACAACUUCUUUCUACGUGGGGGUGUGGUCCUGGACCGGGAGGGCCAAAUGGACAACCCAUGUACUAGUUGGCUUGCUGAUGCCUACUGGGAUAACAUCACAGAGCUAGACAAACUGACCAACUUCCACGGACUCAUGAACUCCUUUGAGCAGUAUCCUCGUGACUGGCACCUGUGGUAUACCAACGCUGCCCCGGAAAAGGCUAUGCUGCCAGGUGAGUGGGAGAACGCCUGCAAUGAAAUGCAGCGGAUGUUGAUUGUUCGCUCCCUGCGCCAGGACCGAGUGGCAUUCUGUGUGACUUCUUUCAUUGUCUCCAACCUGGGCUCCCGCUUCAUCGAGCCGCCUGUGCUAAACAUGAAGUUGGUGAUGGAGGAUUCAACCCCACGAACCCCACUCAUAUUCAUCCUGUCCCCGGGUGUAGACCCCACCAGCGCCCUGCUCCAGCUGGCAGAGCACACAGGCAUGGGCCAGCGCUUCAAUGCCCUGUCCUUGGGCCAGGGCCAGGCCCCCAUCGCCGCUCGGCUCCUCCGAGAGGGUGUGAUUCAGGGACACUGGGUGUUCCUGGCUAACUGCCACCUGUCACUGUCAUGGAUGCCGAAUCUGGAUAAGCUGGUGGAACAGCUGCAGGUGGAGGAUCCUCAUCCUUCCUUCCGCCUCUGGCUCAGCUCCAGCCCCCACCCGGACUUCCCUAUCUCCAUCCUGCAGGCCAGCAUCAAGAUGACCACGGAGCCACCAAAGGGCCUAAAGGCCAAUAUGACACGUCUUUACCAACUGAUGACGGAACCACAGUUUUCCCGCUGCUCCAAACCUGCCAAGUAUAAGAAGCUGCUGUUUGCACUCUGUUUCUUCCACUCUGUGUUACUUGAACGCAAAAAGUUCUUGCAGCUUGGCUGGAACAUCAUCUAUGGCUUCAAUGACUCAGACUUCGAGGUGUCAGAGAACUUGCUGAGCCUCUAUCUGGAUGAGUACGAGGAGACGCCCUGGGAUGCGCUCAAGUAUCUCAUUGCUGGUGUCAACUACGGCGGGCAUGUGACGGAUGACUGGGACCGGCGCCUGCUCACCACCUACAUCAAUGACUAUUUCUGUGACCAGACUCUAUCAACCCCCUUCUACCGGUUGUCGGCACUGGAGACCUAUUUUGUCCCAAAGGAUGGGAGCCUGGCCUCUUACAAGGAGUACAUCAGCAUGUUGCCUGGCAUGGAUCCCCCUGAGGCCUUUGGCCAGCACCCCAAUGCUGAUGUGGCCUCCCAGAUCACCGAGGCACGGACUCUCUUUGAAACUCUGCUUUCCCUGCAACCCCAGAUCACACCCACUGGGGCUGGAGGCCAGAGCCGGGAAGAGAAGGUCCUUGAGUUGGCUGCUGAUGUGAAGCAGAAGAUCCCAGAAAUGAUUGACUAUGAAGGGACCAGAAAACUUCUGGCUCUGGAUCCUUCCCCACUCAAUGUGGUCCUUCUGCAGGAGAUUCAGAGAUACAACAAGCUGAUGGAGACCAUCCUGUUCUCACUGACAGACCUAGAAAAAGGCAUCCAGGGCCUCAUCGUCAUGUCUACAAGCCUGGAAGAGAUUUUCAAUUGCAUCUUUGAUGCCCAUGUUCCUCCACUCUGGGGAAAGGGAUAUCCCUCACAAAAACCGCUGGCUGCGUGGACCCGGGACCUGGCUAUGCGUGUGGAACAGUUUGAGUUGUGGGCCAGCCGUGCCCGGCCGCCUGUGAUCUUCUGGCUGUCUGGCUUCACGUUUCCCACUGGCUUCCUCACCGCUGUGCUUCAGUCUUCAGCUCGCCAAAACAAUGUUUCAGUGGACAGCCUCUCCUGGGAGUUUGUUGUUUCCACCGUGGAUGACAGCAACCUAGUGUAUCCGCCUAAGGAUGGUGUCUGGGUUCGGGGCCUGUACCUGGAGGGGGCCGGCUGGGAUCGGAAGAACUCCUGCUUGGUGGAGGCAGAACCCAUGCAGCUUGUCUGCCUCAUGCCCACGAUCCAUUUCCGGCCUGCAGAGAGCCGCAAGAAGACUGCCAAGGGCAUGUACUCCUGUCCCUGCUAUUAUUAUCCCAACCGAGCAGGCAGCUCAGACAGAUCCUCCUUCGUCAUUGGCAUUGACCUCCGGUCAGGGGCCAUGACAGCUGAUCAUUGGAUCAAGAGGGGCACUGCCUUACUCAUGAGCCUGGACAACUGAGGCCUCCUCUUCUACCUUGCUUGAGAGAGGGCGGAGACUCUAGGAGCCCAGACCUCACUCAGGCCUUGACCUUGGCUGAAUGUGGAGUAAUGGGGCCCUGAAGAUACCCUGUGUGCUAGCCAUAAAGGUGGAAAAGCUGUACUGGAGCUGAGUGCAGUAAAACACACGUAACCACAAGUCCUGAGUCUCUCAGUGGAACGGUUUGGAGAGGAAGUCUCAUAUAGUUGGGAGAUACAGUGGGCUGCUACUAGCGAGGAAGUGGGGCGACCUUGAGAGUAAGGGAGGCGUGGUCUUGACCAAAUGGGCUGGGCGGUGGGGCCUAAAGAGUAUGGCUAAUUCUCGGGGCGCGACUCGAGUGGGUGAGGCGGGGCUUACUCUGGAAGGGCGCGUGUUCCAAAUGGAAACGGGGGUUUGUAAGAUAGAACUCAAAGGGCUGGACCUCGCAUGCUGCACCCCCAAUCUGGCACCCUGCACCCAGCAUCCUACCCGGCAUCCUACCCGGCACGGGCGCUGAGAAGAGGGGGACAGGGAGAGGCGGAGCGGAGCCGAAGACAGGGACUUCGGAGCUAGGAGGGGCGGGACCACAAGGAGGGGGCGGGGCUGCGGACGGAGGGGGGGCGGGUGUUUGUGUUGGAAAAUCCAACUGCGCCACGGGGCAGAGCGGCCCCCCCAGCCCCGGCCUGGGAGAGGGGGGGGCCGCUCGACCCCUGGGGGACCUUGGGGAGCCUGAACACCUGGGACCCCCCCAGAACCAGGUUCCCCCAGGCACCAUGCCAGCCCGGUAGCACCACCAGCCCCACCCACGGUGGUCUGCUGCACCCCAUUGCUGGGGGCACUGGUUCCAAUGAGACAGGGGCACAGCAGACUCCAGCUGGCUGUUACUGAGGCGGAGACACGAGUGAUGAUUGGCUUCCAGGAGAGAGAGGAAGUCCUGU